AUGUCUUAUAAACCAAGACCAGAAAAUAAAUUAAAACAAGAUUAAUUCACUAAAGAAAUCAAACCAAAUAAUUUGCCAAAUAAUAUCUUGAAUAUUAGCAACAGUCAAGAAAUUUAUUUCAAUACUAAAGGCUACUAUUAGGAUUUAUAAUUGAGAAUAUAAUGUUAAAAAACAUAGUUGGAUGGAAUUUUAGAGAAAAGCUUAAAAAUAUUGGAUGAGGAAUAGCAAAAAUAAUAAUAUGAAGGAAUAAUUUGAAUUUAUAUAUAUAUUUAUAUGUAUUAUUAAGUAUUCGUUAA